GUCAGGUUGAGGAGGAAAAGGUAAAAAAAAUGGUUGCUGAGGCUCAAAAAGCCUUGGAUAAAGCCGGUAACAAAAAAAUAAUUGCGAAAAAGAAAGUCAACCGACAAAAGGUGUUUGUUCUUGGUGAUUUUUCGGUUAAACUUAACCGCCGAAAGCAAUUCUCAAUGGUAGAGCAAUUGACUCUUAAUCAAGAGGUUGGAGGUUCGAAUCCUCUACAAGGCACCAAAAUAUUAGUUAUGGGAAAGGCUUAA